GAUGGCGGCGUCUCGACGGAGGAAUAUUAAGUAUAGUAAUUCUUGACCAAGAGCUGUGAAGUUGUCUCCGUAGUAGUCAAAACGAUGACUAAGCUAUGGUUUUUAUUCACGUUUGUUCUUUUCCCAAAAUACCUUCUGCAAUCGGUGUUUGGAGGGAAGGUAAAUAUUAACUUGACAAACUUCCAGGAAGGUAUAAUUGUUGUACCUGAGAAUGUUCAAGAAGGAUCAUUACAAGUACAAUUGACAGGAGAUUUUGUUUCUAUACCUGUUACAGUCAUUUGCAGCACUUUGGAAACUGGUCCUGGCUUGACAAGUGUAGAAUUUAUUAAUUCCUCUGCACCUGUUGGUUGUACACAAGUUAAAUUCAGGAUAAUAUCACCUGGUCGGCCUGUUACAAUCCAGUGCUCUGGACAGAGUGAAGAGGAAUCAACAGGAAACAAUGCAUUGCUGCAUGUUACUAAGGCACCAACUGUCCAUGUUUGCCCAGAUGUUGUAUUACUAAAGAGAUAUCUUCCUAAAUCAUCUUUCCAAGUGCAGUUCAGUGAGGAGAUUAAAGGUUCAUCUGUUGUUGUCCAGUGUACUCCCAUUGAGGCGGAUGGCGACUCUUCAGUGCUACAGAUAAAGUUUACAGAGACAAGUGUUGAUGUUGGUGCUUCCAAAGCUCAGGUGUCUUACGAAUUAGUAUCAGUUGGUAACCCUGUGCAAGUGAUAUGCAGAGCAGAUUCCUCUAACAGGACAGCAUCACCAGUAUCCUCAGCAGUCAACAAGGCUACCAGCAGAGUAAGUGGGACUUCUGUGACUUCACCUUCACCGACAAGUGUACCAUUAACAACAUCAACAGUGACUGUGGGUAGAGACAGAAAGAAAAGGAGCGUUGAUGUGCUCUCUCCUGACAGGGUAGUGCAUCAGUAUUUUUUCAACAAUUCAGCAGGACCCACUGUGACGUUUGCUAUGGAUGUUUCCCCUUUGCGGAUUCUCCCGCCAGUGGGCUUCAUCCGGGUACCUAGCGGGAGAUUUAGCGCGGUCUUGGCACUAGACAAACCAGCUGAGGACCUUGUGGACGUCACGUGUUCAGUAGAUGUUGUACCACGUGGGACAGAUCUACAGAACACUUCAGAAGUGUGUUCCGGUCCUACUAAAGAUAAAGUAACUUUUACUAACAGUUCCGUGGAAAUACAACUGAACAAGAAAGACAUUCAGUUCCAGAAAGGUGAACUAUUCCAGACUUUAGAAUUAACUUUAAGUGAGAGUCCUGCGAGGCGCACGGAGGGCCUGGUGCGAAUCACUUGUUGUGGUCAGGCUACAGUGUUGAGCCUUCUAUAUGCCAAUCGAUCAGCAGAGGCCUUCCUUUGGGUUGAACUGCGCAAACUUCAACCGAUAGAUUGGAACAUUAUAACAAGUGGCGUGAGAAAGAGCACACUGGUCUCUGAUAUAGAUCUGACUUGUCCUUGUAAUUUGAAGAAGGCGGCUUGUGACACGGGAUGUUGUUGUGACCAGGACUGCAGCGAUGUUGAAAACGAAAGUUCAACGUGUAUCCCAGGAUUCUUCGGAGGCGCCACGAUAGAAAAGCCAUUUCAGUUUAGCUGCCAGGCCUCUUGGCCCGACUCUACUGAUUGGCAACCUUUGUUGUGUGUGACCAUUAACAACAACCCUCUGAUUAGUUACUUUUACAACCUGACCUCCCCGCCCUUAGCGCAGGAUUCCUCUGGGUUUAACUUGCUAUCCGCAAAGAGAAAGAGAGAAGCAUUUACGUUCUCUGAAAGCGAAGAACGGCAAACGAGUAUUUCAAGCGGGUUUUACUCUGCAGGAACAACAAUUAAAACAGCCACAAACACUGAAGCUAAAAAUUAUGCCAGAGCUAAACUGGGCGUCCUUUCCUUGCCACAGUCCGUCUUCAACGGUUUAUGUGUCCAGAAUGCAGCUGUAAGGUUUCUUGAAGAUGUGUCGUCUGGAUGUGUUUUUGAAUCUGAAGAAUCUCUUUGUAAUUCGCAGUCACCGUGGAGUGCGUUGAAUUAUCUGAUGCCUAAUAAACUCAGUCAACCAGCGUGUCCAAUGCCCCCGGCAGUUCUGGCAGAGGGGAGCCUUGGCGACACUGUGGGGGAAAUACCUGUGAUAUCGAGUACGGAAGUACAGUAUUUCUGUACAGAUGUCGCUGACCAUGUUUCCACGACGGCUCAGAAAUUGGGAGACGCGAGGUGUAACUUUGAUGUCGGCGACACUUUACCUCCCGCACCAUUUUUUAACAAAACAAAAAGAACCUGCUCUAAUGUAGUAACGAAAGUCGAAUACGAGUUUACAUGGUCUGGAAGGCGAAUUGACGCUGUGCAGGCGCGAAUUACGCUUGGUAGCGUUGCAAUUCCAUUAGCUAGAGAUAUGGCUCAGCUAGUCACAUCUGAUACAUUCACCAACUCUGUCGGCCAGAGCUUUUCCGUUAGAUUUCUUCACGCGUUGCGAAACUCUUCGAACUCCUCAAGCGCUCCAGUCCAGCGCUCAGGGAACCCAGGUUACGUACUUGGUCGUCCAGUGCUGGGCCGCCUGCUGAACAGCACAGGAGAGGUCACAGAUGGAAAAAUCCAACUUUGGUCACCAGGCUCUGAUGGUGUGUGUGCGGGUUCAGCCCUCACCCCAGUUCUUUAUGGAGAGGAUGCCUUCUCAGGGUGUUCGGUUAUGUUAUCAUUUGAUGACAUCAGCAACUGCUCUUUGUUACGCGAAACAAUAUUAACUCAUCAGGCUCGUCUGGUUCAAGCUACGCAUGUCGGUCGCACUGGCAACGUUGACCUAGAUGUUCAUGACGACUGGCUUCCAAUUAUAAGUACCAGUACACCACCUGGCGACUUAGUUGUGUCAGCGGUUACGGUUUGAGUUGUUCUGCACCCAUAACAAACACAAGUGUCACACAAGUAGUGCCCAGCCCCUCCGCAAUCACACCGUCAGCUGCAAGUGCCUCGGUCGGUGUCAAUAUUUCGAAUUCAUCGGUUACACCAGCCAAUCAGAACUCGAGUAUCACGGAGAACGGCACGGACACGAGAGAAUACGCUCCUCUUCUCCAGUACUUUAUGCUGACAAGUUCGGUUGUUUUUAUCAGGGUUCCCUCCGUAAAACCGCAGCCAGUAAAGAGGACGGUGGAUCUAAGUGGAAUAUGUUACAGAGAAGUCUGCAAAGAAGAGCUGUUUUUUCCUUUAACAGAAGCUUAUCAAGGGGAGCCUCGUGACAAGGCUAUUGCACUGUCUCUGUUCCUAAUUUUCUUGGCUCUGGUUACAUUUGCUGUUACAAAGCCUUGGGGAUAACACACUGUUUCUCUUGUCAUCUGAUAAUGGUUUCAGUAUAAAACGCUGUUAAAACGUGUACUUAAGUGGUCGAGCUUGGUAAUUGAACUACACGUGCGCCAAGCGACGAGGAAGAUUUUAUUAAGUGCGCUGGUAAAAUGCUCCGUGUCAGAAUACGCAAGAUCUAAGCGCCCACAUCGGUUGUCGGUAAGCUAAAAAGUUGCGAAGGACCCCAGUAGAAAGGUUACUAACACUUGGUACUCUUUGGAUACGAAAGAGCGAGUGGGAAGACACUCCUCAAGAGUCGACUGUUUGAGUGACUUCUGGUAUCCUCUUGGAUAUUUUUGAAGACUUUCCCAAUUAAAAGUCAAGAACAAGGAGUACACAUUUAACGUCAGAGGUUGAAUUUAUUAUUUGAAUUCGUUGCUUUUUCAACUGACUGGCUCUAAGCUUUGUGCUAUCAAGCAGAGAACCCGAUGAUAAUAGCCGUCGAGGCCUUCUUAACACUGUUUGAGACGUCAUUUGUUUCUCUAAUAAGGAUCAAUUCCAUAUGAUUUGUGGGUGCCGCUUCAUACACUAAAGACUUAGUAAUUCAUGAAGUAAAUUGGUAAACAGCGUCCUCGGUGGAAACCUUCCGUAAACGAAUAGAUAGUUUUGAACAGAUCUGAGCAGGAAAAUCGCGGCUGAUACGCGAGCAUAGUUGCGAGUAUUAUUCUUCAGUACCCACCGAGGGAGUGAAACCUAAUCCUGCGAUAGGGAAUGUCUCAGUACAGUAAAAUAGUAGAUCAGAUAAACAAGAAAGGAUACACUCCUGUAAAGCGUCAGCAGUUUACUGAACUUCUGUGAGGUUAUUUAAAAGCUAGGAUAUUUAACAACUAUACACCGAAGUGGAGGUUGUAAGUGGUGGAUAUUUACCGAGCAGCGAAGCAGUGAGGUAAAUAUCCACCGCUAACCACCUACACUGAGGUGAAUAGUUGUUUUAGUAUAUACUAAGGCAGUGAGAUAAUAUACACCACCC